AUGACCGACCAGGGGCAUUGGAUGGUAAUGCUGCAGAGAGUCUUCUACCCGGUUCUAGCUAUAGUGGGCAUUCCCUCAAAUGUUGUGACCUUCCUCAUUUUCUGGAAGAGAAAUUGCAUGCUGUCCAAAUCCAGCACCUACUAUUUGAUGGCCAUCUCGGUGGCUGACACCCUGGUGCUUAUUUUUAUCGUGGUGCUGGAGAUCACGCUGAAGUACCACACCGUUGAGCCCUACUGGAGCUGGGACCCCUGGUGCAGCCUGAGGGACAUCUUCAAUUACGGUGCUCACAAUGCUUCCACAUGGCUAGUUGUGUCCUUCACAGUGGAGCGCUUUGUGGCCAUCAACACCCUGAGCCUCAAGACAAAGCUGUGCACCCCAAGGUGUGCCAUUAUUGUCAUUAUCACCGUCUAUUCCUGCAGCCACUUGUUUGCCAUUCCCUACUACUGGUCCAAUAAGUCCAGCUUCAAUGAGAGUGACCAUGAAAUGCUCUGGGCUUGCGUUUACAACCAAGAGGCUACAGAUUUUUAUGUCCACACCUUGGUGUGGUCCCAAACCGCCUUGGUGUACAUUCUCCCCUUCAUCAUCAUCUUCUCCCUGAAUGGGCUGACCCUCCGUCAAAUUGUCCACAGUAACAAGGUCCACAAUGACCCCAAUUUGCCCCACAAAUGUGCCAUCUAUUUCCGCUCCAAAAAGAGAAAGUCAAUGGUUCUCCUCAUCACAGUUUCCAUGACCUUCGCCCUGCUCUCUGUCACUCGCUUCAUCACCCAGAUAAUCCUGCGGACAGCCUUUUAUGGUGUGAACCGCAACGACUACUCUAUCCCCAUCAAUGUGGCUGCUGACAUUGGCACCAUGCUGGGCCUCAGCAAUGCUGCUGUGAACAUGUACCUGUACGCUUGCACACAGUCAAAGUUCCGCAGGGAGCUGGUCUCCUGCAUCAAACUCACUAUCUCAUCCUGUAAGACUUGCAAGCCAUUGCAAAAUGACUAUCCCUCUGUGAUCCUCCAGCUUUAA